AUGGUCUUAAUAGAAAUUGAAAAUGAAAAUCAAUUUUCAGAAUUAACUAAAAAUCAAGAUUCUUCAAAAUUAAUAGCAUUAUAUUUUUAUACUGAUUGGGCAGGACCAUGUAAGCAAAUGAAUCAAGUUUUUAAAACAAUCAGUGAACAAACUGAAAAUUCAAAUAUUUUAUUUUUAUCAAUAAAUGCUGAUAAUUUAGAAGAAGUAUCUGAAUUAUUUGAAGUUUCAAGUGUUCCAUAUUUUAUAUUAAUUAAAAAUAAUACAAUAUUGAAAGAAAUUUCAGGAUCUGAUCCAAAAGAAUUAAUAACUGCAUUAAAUAAAUAUAAUAAUAAUGAUACAAAUACAACAAAUAUAGCUAAAACAAUUAAUAAUCAACAACAACAACAACAACAACAACAACAACAACCAAUACAGAAUAAUACAAAUGAAGAAGAAGAAGAAGAGGAAUCUGAAGAAGCUUUAAAUCAAAGAUUAGAAAAAUUGACCAAGGCAGCUCCAAUUAUGUUAUUUAUGAAAGGUUCUCCAAGUUCUCCACAAUGUGGAUUUUCAAGACAAUUAGUUGCUAUAUUAAGAGAACAUCAAGUUAAAUUUGGAUUUUUUGAUAUUUUAAAAGAUGAUUCAGUAAGACAAGGUUUGAAAAAAUUUUCUGAUUGGCCUACAUUUCCACAAUUAUACAUUAAUGGAGAAUUUCAAGGUGGUUUAGAUAUAAUUAAAGAAAAUUUAGAAGAAGAUGAUCAAUAUUUUGAACAUGCAUUCAAUUCUGAAUAA